GAUGAAAAUGGCAACUGCUCAGGCGAAGGUAUUGAGUUUCCAACAACCAACUUGUACGAGCUGGAGAGCAGAGUUUUAACGGAUCACUGGUCCAUACCCUACAAGCGGGAGGAGUCUCUAGGCAAAUGCCUGAUUGCAUCCACCUACCUGGCAAGACUAGGUCUUUCUGAUUCUGAUGAGAAUUGCAAGAGAUUUAUGGACAGAUGCAUGCCUGAAGCAUUUAAAAAGCUGUUGACAUCCAGUGCUGUUCAUAAAUGGGGAACUGAAAUCCAUGAAGGAAUAUACAACAUGCUUAUGCUGCUGGUGGACCUGGUUGCAGAAAGAGUAAAACAAGAUCCUAUUCCUGUGGGCCUGCUUGGUGUGCUUACAAUGGCAUUUAACCCCGACAACGAGUAUCAUUUCAAGAACAGAAUGAAGGUUUGCCAGAGAAACUGGGCAGAAGUCUUCGGGGAGGGAAACAUGCAUGCUGUCUCACCCAUAUCCACUUUUCAGAAGGAACCUCAUGGGUGGCUGGUGGAUCUGGUAAACAGGUUUGCAGAGUUGGGUGGAUUUUCAGCAAUUCAGUCCAAACUCAACUCAGAAGAUAUUGAACUUGGGGCAAUUUCUGCAUUAGUUCAACCAUUUGGAGUUUGUGCAGAAUAUCUUAAUUCUUCUGUAGUACAGCCCAUGCUGGAUCCAAUAAUUCAUAAAAUGAUUAAAUAUGUACAGAAUGUAGAAGAGAAGGACUUGAAAGACAAGAGACUGGUCAGUAUUCCUGAGCUCCUGUCUGGUAUCAAGCUGCUGUGUAUGCGCUUCCAGCCUGACCUGGUAACUGCAGUAGACGAUUUGCGGCUGGACAUCCUGCUGCGCAUGUUGAAGUCUCCUCACUUCAGUGCAAAGAUGAAUUCCUCAAAGAAGUAGGUAACAAAAUUAAUAGAAGACAGCACUGUGUCCAAGUCAGUGAAGAAUGCCAUAGAUACAGACAGAUUACUAAACUGGCUAGUAGAAAAUUCUGUCCUGUCUAUUGCUCUAGAAGGUAAUAUAGACCAGGCACAGUACUGUGAUCGUAUAAAGGGAAUUAUUGAACUGCUGGGCAGUAAAUUGUCUUUAGAUGAGCUGACUAAAAUUUGGAGAAUUCAGUCAGGACAAUCCUCCACUGUGAUUGAAAACAUACAUACCAUUAUUGCUGCAGCUGCUGUGAAGUUUAGCUCUGAUCAGCUCAAUCAUUUAUUUGUCCUAAUCCAAAAGAGCUGGGAGACUGAGAGUGACAGAGUGAGGCAGAAGCUGUUGAGCCUGAUCGGGCGCAUUGGUCGAGAAGCACGGGUGGAAACCACCACUGGAAAGGUUCUGGAGGUACUUUGGGAGCUGGCUCAUCUUCCAACAUUACCAUGUAGUCUUAUUCAGCAGGCCUUGGAGGAACAUCUGACAAUCCUCAGUGAUGCCUAUGCGGUGAAAGAGGCAAUCAAGAGAAGCUACAUCAUCAAAUGCAUAGAGGAUAUUAAGAGGUCAUCCCAGCACAAUAAUCCUCAGUUUGUGUGGGUGGUUCCAGCCUUACGUCAGCUCCAUGAAAUCACACGUUCGUUUAUUAAGCAAACUUACCAAAAACAAGACAAGAGCAUUAUUCAAGAUCUAAAGAAAAACUUUGAAAUAGUGAAGUUGGUGACAGGAAGCUUAAUAUCAUGCCACCGUUUGGCUGCAUCUGUGGCAGGACCAGGAGGGCUUGUUGGAGCAACGUUGGUGGACGGCCGAUACACUUACCGGGAGUAUUUGGAGGCACAUCUAAAAUUCUUGGCGUUUUUCCUGCAAGAAGCCACCCUUUAUUUGGGCUGGAAUCGUGCCAGGGAGAUUUGGGAAUGCCUUGUAACUGGCCAGGAUGUUUGUGAGCUGGAUCGAGAGAUGUGCUUUGAGUGGUUUACAAAAGGACAGCAUGAUCUAGAGAGUGAUGUACAGCAACAGCUCUUCAAAGAAAAGAUUCUUAAACUAGAGUCAUAUGAAAUUACUAUGAAUGGUUUUAGUUUAUUUAAGACUUUCUUUGAAAAUGUGAACCUGUGUGACCAUCGACUAAAGAGGCAAGGAACACAACUGAGUGUAGAAAAACUGGAAUUAAUAGGAAUGGAUUUCAUUUGGAAGAUUGCAAUGGAGUCACCUGAUGAAGAAAUUGCCAAUGAAGCCAUUCAAUUGAUAAUAAAUUACAGCUAUAUUAAUCUAACUCCUAGGUUGAAAAAGGAUUCAGUGUCACUGCACAAGAAGUUCAUUGCUGAUUGCUACACACGAUUAGAGGCAGCCAGCUCUGCACUCGGUGGUCCUACACUAACACAUGCUGUUACAAGAGCUACAAAAAUGCUCACUGCAACUGCUAUGCCUACAGUAGCAACAUCAGUUCAGUCUCCUUACAGGUCAACUAAACUUGUCAUAAUUGAGAGGCUGCUGCUGUUGGCAGAGCGUUACGUGAUAACAAUAGAGGACCUUUACUCUGUCCCCCGGACUAUUCUACCUCAUGGUGCCUCUUUCCAUGGACAUCUUUUAACACUUAAUGUUACAUACGAGUCUACCAAAGAUACCUUCACCAUAGAGGCUCAUAGCAAUGAAACUGUAGGAAGUGUCAGGUGGAAGAUAGCAAAGAUGUUGAAUUCACCUGUGGAUAAUAUACAGAUCUUUGCCAAUGACAGCCUGCUAACUGUAAACAAAGAUCAGAAGCUACUCCAUCAACUGGGCUUUUCUGAUGAACAAGUCCUUACAGUAAAAACAUCAGGAAGUGGGACUCCAUCAGGGAGCUCUGCAGAUUCCUCAACCAGUUCCAGCAACAGCAGCAGUGUGUUUAGUUCAUCAUAUGCAAUGGAACAGGAGAAAUCCCUCCCUGGAGUAGUUAUGGCUCUCGUGUGUAAUGUGUUUGAUAUGCUUUACCAGCUUGCCAAUCUAGAGGAGCCAAGGAUAACGCUGCGAGUGAGGAAGCUUCUGCUCUUGAUUCCCACUGACCCAGCUAUUCAGGAGGCUCUUGAUCAGCUUGAUUCUCUAGGAAGGAAGAAAACACUGCUGUCAGAAUCAAGUUCUCAGUCUUCAAAGUCACCAUCCUUGUCUUCAAAACACCAGCAUCAGCCCAGUGCUAGUUCUAUACUUGAAAGUCUUUUCAGAUCUUUUGCUCCAGGCAUGUCCACCUUCAGAGUGCUCUACAAUUUAGAGGUACUGAGCUCCAAGCUGAUGCCAACUGCAGAUGAUGAAAUGGCAAGAAACUGUGCCAAGUCUUUCUGUGAAAACUUCCUCAGAGCAGGAGGUUUGAGUUUGGUGGUGAAUGUGAUGCAGAGAGAUUCCAUCCCAUCAGAAGUAGACUACGAAACAAGACAGGGAGUCUAUUCCAUCUGCCUGCAACUUGCAAGGUUCUUGCUUGUUGGGCAGACAAUGCCUACCUUACUGGAUGAGGAUUUCAUUAAAGAUGGGGUAGAAGCAUUGUCCUCACGGCCCUUCCGUAACGUCAGCCGACAAGCAAGUAGGCAGAUGUCCAUUUGUGGAACACCUGAGAAGUCAUCCUACCGACAGCUCUCGGUGUCUGACAGAUCCUCCAUUAGGGUAGAAGAAAUCAUACCAGCAGCAAGAGUUGCCAUACAAACUAUGGAGGUGAAUGACUUCACGUCCACAGUGGCUUGUUUCAUGAGACUCUCCUGGGCUGCUGCUGCAGGACGACUGGACCUUGUGGGAAGCAGUCAGCCAAUAAAAGAGAGCAACACUUUAUUUCCUGCUGGGAUUAGAAGCAGACUUAGCAGCUCAGGAAGUAAUUGCAGCUCAGGAAGUGAAGGAGAGCCAACGGCGCUGCACGCUGGGAUCUGUGUCAGGCAGCAGUCUGUGUCCACCAAAGAUGCUCUGAUUGCUGGAGAAGCCUUGUCACUCUUGGUCACCUGCCUUCAGCUACGCAGCCAGCAACUAGGUUCUUUUUACAAUUUGCCUUGUGUUGCUGAUUUCAUCAUUGACAUACUGCUUGGAUCACCAAGUGCUGAGAUUCGUCGUGUUGCCUGUGACCAGUUGUACACCCUUAGUCAGACAGACACAUCAGCUCACCCAGAUGUACAAAAGCCAAACCAGUUUCUCUUGAGUGUUGUUCUUGGUGCCCAGCUGCCUCUUUGGUCACCAACCAGCAUCAUGAGAGGAAUCAACCAGAGACUUCUCUCCCAGUGCACAGAAUAUUUUGACCUGAGAUGUCAGUUAUUGGAUGACCUCACAUCAUCAGAAAUGGAACAGCUGAAGAUCAGCCCAGCUGCCAUGUUAGAAGAUGAGAUCACCUGGCUAGACAACUUUGAACCCAACCGCACAGCAGAGUGUGAGACCAGUGAAGCUGAUAACAUCCUGUUAGCAGGACACUUGAGGCUCAUCAAGACCCUCCUUUCACUUUGUGGGGCAGAGAAGGAAAUGGUUGGUUCAUCUUUGAUUAAGCCAUUAUUGGAUGAUUUCCUCUUCCGAGCAUCCAGAAUCAUCCUGAACAGCCAUUCUCCAGCAGGCAGUGCUGCAAUCAGUCAGCAAGACUUUCAUCCUAAGUGCAGUACAGCAGACAGCAGACUGGCUGCUUAUGAGGUGCUGGUGAUGCUGGCUGAUAGCUCACCUUCCAAUCUCCAGCUCAUUACCAAAGAGCUGCUCUCUAUGCAUCACCAGUGUGACCCGGCACUUAACAAGGAGUUUGAUUACCUCCCACCAGUGGAUAGUCGCUCCAUUUCAGGAUUUGUGGGACUGAAGAAUGGUGGUGCUACAUGUUACAUGAAUGCUGUUUUCCAGCAGCUAUAUAUGCAGCCUGGUCUCCCAGAGGCCUUGCUUUCCAUUGAUGAUGAUACAGACAAUCCAGAUGACAAUGUGUUCUAUCAAGUUCAGUCUCUUUUUGGUCAUUUGAUGGAAAGCAAGCUACAGUAUUAUGUACCUGAGAACUUUUGGAAGAUUUUCAAGAUGUGGAAUAAGGAACUUUAUGUUAGAGAGCAGCAGGAUGCUUAUGAGUUCUUCACCAGUCUUAUAGAUCAAAUGGAUGAGUACCUCAAGAAAAUAGGAAGAGACCAAAUAUUUAAGAAUACUUUUCAAGGUAUCUUCUCUGAUCAGAAGAUCUGCAAGGACUGUCCUCACAGGUAUGAGCGUGAGGAAGCCUUCAUGGCUCUCAACUUAGGGGUGACUUCAUGUCAAAGUCUGGAAAUAUCUUUGGAUCAGUUUGUUAGAGGAGAAGUUCUGGAAGGAAGCAAUGCAUACUACUGUGAAAAGUGCAAAGAAAAGAGAACUACAGUGAAGCGCACGUGCAUUAAGGUCCUACCCAGCCUGUUGGUGAUUCACCUGAUGAGGUUUGGCUUUGACUGGGAGAGUGGACGUUCUAUUAAAUAUGAUGAGCAAAUAAGGUUUCCCUGGAUGCUGAACAUGGAGCCUUACACUGUGUCAGGGAUGGCUCGCCAGGACUCCUCCUCAGAAGUGGGGGAUAAUGGCAGAAGUGCAGAUCAAGGAGGUGGGGGCUCCCCAAGGAAGAAAGUUGCCCCCACAGAAAACUAUGAGCUUGUUGGUGUGAUUGUUCACAGUGGCCAGGCACAUGCAGGGCACUACUACUCCUUUAUCAAGGACAGGAGAGGAUGUGGAAAAGGAAAGUGGUAUAAAUUUAAUGACACCGUCGUCGAAGAAUUUGAUUUAACUGAUGAAACCUUGGAAUAUGAAUGUUUUGGUGGAGAGUACAGACCUAAAGUCUAUGAUCAAUCUAACCCUUACCCCGACGUGCGCCGGCGCUACUGGAAUGCCUACAUGCUGUUCUACCAGAGAGUGUCUGAUCAGAACUCCCCAGUCUUGCCAAAGAAAAGCCGAGUGAGUGUCGUGCGUCAAGAAGCCGAGGACCUCUCCUUAUCUGCUCCAUCUUCACCAGAAAUUUCCCCCCAGUCAUCACCUCGACCCCACAGGCCCAACAGUGACCGUCUCUCCAUCCUGACUAAGCUGGUUAGAAAAGGAGAAAAAAAAGGCCUUUUUGUUGAGAAGAUGCCUGUGAGGAUAUACCAGAUGGUGAGAGAUGAAAACUUGAAAUUUAUGAAGAACAGAGAUGUAUAUAGUAGUGACUACUUCAGUUUUGUUCUGUCAUUAGCUUCACUGAAUGCUACUAAGGUAAAACAUCCUUAUUAUCCAUGCAUGGCAAAGGUGAGCUUACAGCUGGCAGUCCAGUUCCUCUUCCAAACCUAUCUCCGAACCAAGAAGAAACUCAGGGCUGAUACAGAAGAAUGGAUUGCCACCAUAGAUGCACUGCUCUCCAAAAGCAUUGAUGCUUGUCAGUGGUUAGUGGAGUAUUUCAUUGGGCCAGAGGGACGGGAGCUUGUCAAGACUUUCCUCCUGGAAUGCAGCGUAAGAGAGGUGCGAGUUGCAGUCGCCACUAUUCUUGAAAAAACCCUCGACAGUGCCUUGCUUUAUCAGGAGAAGUUAAAAAGUCUACAUCAAUUAUUGGAGGUGCUACUUGCUCUGCUGGAUAAAGAUGUACCUGAAAACUGUAAAAACUGUGCUCAGUACUUUUUGCUAUUCAAUAACUUUGUACAGAAGCAGGGCAUAAGGGCUAGCAGUCUUCUUCUCAGACACUCUGCUUUGAAGCACAUGAUCAACUUUCUCCUUGGCCCCAACCGGCAGAGUAACCAGAAUCGCAGGUGGAGUUCAGCACAAGCACGGGAGUUUGGGUACCUUCACAAUACUGUAGCACUACUUGUUUUGCACUCUGAUGUCUCCUCACAAAGAAAUGUUGCUCCUGGUCUCUUCAAGCAGCGUCCACCUCUAAGCAUCACCGCUUCAGCUCCACUUUUGACGCUCCAUGAAGAAGUGGAAGCCUUGUUGUUCCUCUCUGAGGGAAAACCCUACUUAAUGGAGGUGAUGUAUGCGCUACGGGAGCUGACGGGAUCUCUGUCAGUUCUCAUGGAGAUGGUGGUGUACUGCUGCUUCUGCAAUGAGCACUUCUCCUUUACUGUGCUGCACUUCAUCAAGACUCAGCUGGAAACUGCUCCACCUCAUGAACUGAAAAACAUAUUCCAGUUACUGCAUGAGAUACUGGUUAUUGAAGACCCAUUACAAGUAGAACGCAUCAAAUUUGCCUUUGAAACUGAAAAUGGAUUAAUAGCCUUGAUGCACCACAGCAACCACGUGGACAGCAGCCGUUGUUACCAGUGUGUCAAGUUCCUUGUUACUUUGGCUCAGAAGUGCCCUACUGCAAAAGAUUAUUUCAAGGAGAAUUCCCACCACUGGAGUUGGGCUGUGCAGUGGCUACAGAAAAAGAUGUCUGAACAUUAUUGGGCUCCACAGAGCAAUGUAUCCAAUGAAACCUCAACAGCAAAAACCUUCCAGCGCACGAUUUCAGCACAGGACACGCUGGCCUAUGCCACAGCCUUGCUGAAUGAGAAGGAUCAGUCUGGAAGCAGCAACGGGUCAGAAAGUAGCCCAGCCAACGAAAAUGGAGACAGGCACCUGCAGCAGGGCUCAGAGUCUCCUAUGAUGAUUGGCGAGCCUAAAAGUGACCUUGAUGAUGUUGACCCGUAGAGGAUACCUGAUACCUACACAAGAACAGAUCAACUCCAACAUCUAAUGCCUGGUACCUACUGAAACUGGAGUCCUGUUGCUUAUGCUGAUAGAAGAGUCUGGAAGUGAAGUGGCUUUAUAGGGUCGGAGGCAUUGCCAGAGGAGGUUGGUUCCCUGAAAGCUAAAAGCAUCUUUUAGCCACAAAGGCUUCAGACCUAGAAAACUGCUCUAGAAAACUGCAUCUUCACCUGCAGUAGCUUCUGACUGUCCAGACACCAAAAACAGUUUGUCAAGAAGAUUUUAUCAAGUACACAAGCGCUAGUGGUUGAAUUUUUAUGUGAACAUGAAAUGAGUGAAUGUAAAACUAUUGCUUUUCUGUGAUGCUGCAAAAAAGAAUCUUUUGGGUUUUAUACAGGAAUAAAAAAAACACAAAACAAACCAGACUGCCCUUACGUAUGGAGGGUAAAUUUUUAAUCUUUCUGAUAAUAUUGAAUAGGAAUAUUCAAAUUUCUGUAAAGAUGUGUGAUGACUUACAUUUCAUUGUAAAAUAUUAGUUAAAGAAUGGGUUUACAUAAGGACUUCUGUAUUUAAUAUGUCUCCCUGCUAAUUUGUAAAGCUCUUUAUGAGAAAGAUCAGCAAGAUGCCUCUGUAAGGAGAGUGUUUCCUUACAGAGUGGUUUGGUCAAGGAGCUCUGGAAUGGGUCGUCUUCUCUGGUACCCUUCCAAAACCACAGACAAUUGGGAAGGGCAAGAAAAGAAAAGCUUUGUUCUCUUGGUAUGCAAGUGUUUAUGAUGGAAGGAUGUUGGUGAAUU